AUGACAACCAAGUCGUACGACUCUCUCCCUUCAUUAAACCCUGAAACUAUCUCCAGCCAACAGCGACCGACUACACAGUAAAUGCACGCGAAGGAUUUAACCAAUACGCAGCUCUGUCCGGCGAGAAACCAACAUCGCCAACAUCACCAACAGGAGCCAAGCACCACAAGGCUGAGCCCAACGUAAUCGCGCCUUGAUUACUCCACCGUCGCCAACCUUGGCCCUGUCUUUAUCAGCAACGUCUGUUUCACCAGAACGCGAACAGAGCAAUCUGGAAACACAGAAUACCCUCGAGUCUAUCGUGACGACCGAUCUUGUUUAAUGUCAUCUCUGAAGCGAGCCUGAAACUCAUUUACAAUGCAUGGUGGUGAAUCUUCAAGAGUCCCGCCCGUCGGGGUGGGGACUUCACUAUUCACCACAACACAAACGCCGACAGACCAGGAAGAAGACUCACACUCUUCGUCAAGCAACUCCCCAACGAGGGCGGAUUAUGAGGAAUUCGAUUUCUUUAUGAACAUGAACGAUUCACAGUCCUCCAUCGGCGUACCGACGUCAGAUCCGGCGGCGGUACAAGACGAAUACAGUUGCCAGCCACCAAUCCAGAGACUGCCCGCCGAAAUCCUCAUUAAUACGUUCUCGAAACUCGGAACGGCGAUGGAUUUGCUGAACUGCAUGCUCACCUGCAAAGCAUGGGCGAGGAACGCGGUGGACCUGUUGUGGCUCCGACCAGCAUGCUCGACAUGGCCGAAACACAGCGUCAUAUGCAGGACGCUCAACCUGCCGAAUCCAUACUUUGCAUACCGGGACUUUGUUAAGCGACUGAAUUUGGCCACUCUGGCAGACAGAGUCAAUGAUGGGAGUGUGACGCCCCUCCAGGUCUGCACUCAGGUUGAGAGGCUCACGCUCACGAACUGCCAUGGCUUGACAGACCAAGGUUUGAUCAGCCUCAUCACUGAUAACAGGCGGCUACUGGCAUUGGAUAUAUCGGGAGAUUCAAACAUUACGGAGGCUUCUAUCAACCUGUUGGCCGAGAACUGCAGGCUACUGCAAGGGUUGAAUAUCUCCGGUUGCACAAAAAUCUCGAAUGAAUCCUUAAUAAAAGUAGCGGAACGCUGCAAGAAGAUCAAGAGACUCAAAUUCAACGACUGUCACCAGAUCGAGGAUUCUUCCAUCAUGGCGUUCGCGAAGAACUGCCCGAAUAUCCUAGAAAUCGACUUGCACCACUGCAAAAAUGUUACCAGCGAGCCCGUAACUGCCCUCCUACAAUACGGCAGGAGCCUUCGCGAGUUCCGACUGGCAAACUGCGACUUGAUUACCGAUUCCGCCUUCCUCAACCUGCCACCAACCCAGAUGUUCCACCAUCUUCGGAUCCUGGACUUUACAAGCUGUGUUCGGCUCACGGAUAGCGCAGUUGAAAAGAUCAUCGAAGUCGCACCACGCCUGAGAAAUGUUGUCUUUGCGAAGUGCCGGAACCUCACAGAUGUGGCUGUGAAUGCCAUCAGCAAACUUGGCAAGAACCUGCAUUAUGUGCAUCUGGGACACUGCAGUCAGAUUACGGACGACGCUGUGAAGAACUUGGUCCACUGCUGUGCUAGAAUCCGAUACAUUGAUCUCGGCUGCUGCAAUCGACUGACAGAUGCGUCCGUUACAAAACUUGCUACACUUCCAAAGUUGAGGCGUAUUGGGCUAGUUAAAUGCCAAAAUAUAACUGACGAGAGUGUCUACGCUUUGUCCCACGCUUCACGGAGAGUAUCGAAUCCGUCCGGUCCCGCGGAUCUCACGUAUCCGGACUUCCAUGGCGCAAAUAACCAUGUGAGCAGCUUGGAGAGAGUGCAUCUCAGCUACUGCAUCAACCUCACACUCAGGAGUGUCAUCAUCCUAUUGAACAACUGCCCUAAACUGACCCACUUGAGCUUGACGGGCGUCCAGGCUUUCCUGAGAACCGAUCUCGAGAAGUUUUGCCGCGACGCACCACCAGGUCAGUUGCAUCCACCUCAUCAUGAGCAUCAUUUACUGUUUUAUGUAUUGAGCUAACUCAUUUCCCUACAGACUUCAACCAGCACCAACGAGACGCCUUCUGCGUCUUCUCCGGCGCCGGCGUCAUGGGACUCCGACGAUACCUAAACGCAGAGAACAGAACGAGGCUAACGCUGGCCCGGAUGGAGGAAGCCGAGGAAGCUGAGGAGCGCGCGUUGCGAGAGGCGUCGACACGGGC